AUGUCGACACGGCGAUUACGCCCUUAUUUCCAAGCCCACCCCAUAAAGGUCAUCACCUCCACACCCUUGCAGAAAGUGCUCCAAAAGCCUGACACUUUAGGGCAACUGGUGAAAUGGUCCAUCAAGCUGAGCAAGUAUGACAUCAGUUAUGUCCCCAGAACCGCUGUCAAGGGACAAAUCCUAGUUGAUUUUGUCACAAAACUGACGAACUUUCUCAAGGAGACACCGAAGGCACCAGAGAAAGAAUCAUGGCUAGUGCAGGUCGAUGGUUCAUCCUGUCGAGGAGGAGGGGGCGUGGGAGUCCACAUGAUAGCAGACAACGACAUGGAGUCAUUUCAUGCUAUCCUACUGAACUUCAAGGUGAGGAAUAAUGAAGCGGAGUACGAGGUGAACGAGCAAAUUCCCAGAGAGGACAAUUGGAAGGUGGACCGAUUAGCAAGAGCGACAUCGACAAGGCAAGAGCAAAUGUUGCCAUGGGAAGUAACUCUCAGGACAGUAGACACGACAGCCAUAGGGGAAGAAAUUUUUGAGAUUGAAGGGAACUCAACAGGAUGGGCAAAUAACAUCAUCAGGUACUUGAAAGUUGGGGAGCUACCCACUUCCCAAGAGGAGGCAAGGAAAGAGGAAGGUCAUUGGUGGCAAAAGUAUGAGAGUAGGCUAUUAUCGGAUCAACGCCCUGUAGGACUCAAAGGAGUUCAUAAAAGAGUGUGUCCAGUGCCAACUACACGCACCAAUCUCGAGCAUGCCCCUGAAGAACUGAAGUCGAGAAUGGCCCCAUGGUCGUUUGCUCAAAGGGGGAUAGAUUUGGUCAGCCUUAUGCCCCCGAGCAAAGGAGGAACCAAAUUCAUCAUCGUCGUUGUCGACUAUUUCACCAAAUGGGCAGAAGCUGAGGCAAUGGCAAUGGUGACUGCUCAAAGUGUGACGAGGUUUACAUGGAAGGCAAUCAACUCAGGAUCAAAGUCAAGUAUUCGUCUCCCGGACACCCACAGGCAAAACAAACAACUCGAAGCAACCAACAAGACCAUAAUGGGGAUUUUGAAGAAUAAGGUAGGUGAGAAGAAGGGGGUGUGGGCGGAUGAACUCCCUAAGAUCUUAUGGGCAUACAAAACAACACCCAAUACGUCAAUAGGAGAGACUCCUUUCUCCCUAGCAUACAAAACCGAAGCCAUGAUACAAGUGGAAGUGGGGAUUCCAAGGCACAAGAAGCUUAACUUUGAUGUCGAUGAAAAUGGAAGGAAGCUGGAAGAGCACCUAAACUUACUAGAAGAAGAGUGA